AAGUGGGUUUUCAUUAGAGGGUAAAGAGUUAAGAGAUAAAAAAUUAUCUUUAGUAACAGUUGAGGGUGAUAUAGGUAAAGUAGAAGCAGAAAUAAGAUUAGAUGAGUUGUUUGUAGUGUGUGUGGA